AUGAGCUUCACUUCCACAUCUCUGCUGCUGCUGCUGCUGCUCACCAUCAACUUGUCUCCUGUCCCAGGNNNNCUGGAGGCGAAUUAUACAAACUUCAAGUGCAAAUGCCUCCACGAGGUCAAAAAUUAUAUCCCUGUGCAACUCAUUCAGCGAAUUCAAAUCAUCCCUGCUGGCAGAGGCUGUCCAAAUGUAGAAGUUAUCAUAUGGAUGAAGAAUAAGAAGAAAGUGUGCGUGAACUCUGAGAUCAACUGGUUCCGAAAACUGAUGAAACAGUUACGCAAGUAA